AGGCGAAAGAGCCCGUCCCGCUUUGCUCCGGCCGCCGUCUGGGACGAGGCUCGGCCUGGCUGUGGGCUGACGCUGGUUGGCGACGGGAGGAACACGUGAGUGAGAAGAAAAGGGGGAGCAGCACAAGGUCGGGCUGAGCAAAGGGGGUGGCGGCAGCAGCAGCGGCGGCGGCAGCAGGAGUUUCCCCGACAUCUGGAUGCGUGUCGGAGGCCGCGCUUAGAGGAGCAAGCAGCAGCAGCAGCAGCCAAGCGGUAGAGCUCUUCGUCUCAGCCAGCAACGGCGGCUGCAGCGGCUCCUCCUCCUCCUCCUCCUGCCGCCGCUGCUGCCGCUUCGCCGAGCCCCUCCGCCGCUUGAGUGUCAGCCCUCGCUCUCCGAGCCUUCGGUCGCUGCUGCUCCUCCUAUUGACAAAUACACACACAAAGGGCCGCGCCGGUCUGGAGACGCGUCUGUAGCCGCUAUGGGAGACAAGAAGAGCCCCACAAGGCCGAAGCGGCAGCCGAAACCGUCCUCCGACGAGGGCUAUUGGGACUGCAGCGUGUGCACCUUCCGGAACAGCGCCGAGGCCUUCAAGUGCAUGAUGUGCGAUGUGAGAAAGGGCACCUCCACCCGGAAACCUCGACCUGUCUCUCAGUUGGUUGCACAACAGGUUACCCAGCAAUUUGUGUCCCCUACACAAUCAAAAAAAGAAAAAAAAGACAAAGUAGAAAAAGAAAAAAGUGAAAAAGAAACUACUACCAAAAAGAACAGUCAUAAGAAAACCAGGCCCAGAUUGAAAAAUGUGGAUCGAAGUAGUGCUCAACAUUUGGAAGUUACUGUUGGUGAUCUGACAGUCAUUAUUACAGACUUUAAGGAAAAAACUAAGUCAUCACCUGCUUCAAGUGCAGCUUCUGCAGACCAGCACAGUCAGAGUGGUUCUAGUUCUGACAAUACAGAGAGAGGAAUGUCCAGGUCAUCUUCACCUAGAGGAGAAGCCUCGUCACUGAAUGGAGAAUCUCAUUAAAGUUUAUUUACUUCAGUUUAUUAUUUAGUUGUUCCUCUCAAAAAUUACACAUAUACAACUUCUGCCAACAGUUACCACAUUUUCAUGACUUCUUAUCAUUGUGCAUGAUUAUGUUUACUCAAAUAUAAUUUAUGCAGUUUUUACAAGCAGUGCUACAGUGCAAUUAAAUUGCAUUGCAAUCUACAAAACAUUUUUAGAUCAACUUUUUAAUCUUGAUAUAGAAUGGUGCCAUGAAAAUGUGGUUUGAAUGUUCUUCAUGCAGUGUUAACUGGCAAGUCCUUUUCCUCUUUUACUUUAGUAAAUUUUAACAGAAGUCUUGGAUUCUAUGCUAUUGGCAUGUACUGAAUGAAUUAAAAAAAAUAGUUCAAGCUGCCUAAAUAUGUAUUAUUUGAGAAUUGUGAAUCAUAGUUAUAUAUGUAUGUAAGUCAAAGAUCAACUUAAUCAACUAUUGCUGCAAAAGACUUUUCGUAAUGAUUAUCUUUAAAACACCUGCUGGUACUUGGUGUGCUUGAAUAGGAAAAUGUUAUUAAAUAUAACGUAUGAAUUUUUGCCAAUGUCCAACAAAUUUUACUGGAUUAUUGUAACUGAAUAAUGUUGCUAGCUUCUCCAAUAUUUUCCUCACACAUUUAGAACAUUUAUUGUUAAUGUUUACAAGCAAAAAAGUAAAUCUGUUACAAACAUUAAUUGUUUAGCUUUAUAAUUCAAAUAUAGUACUGCCUUGUCCUUAUACACUGGUAUUCUGUUAUAGAACAUAAAUUUAUUCUGAAAUUAUUAGUCAUUUUGUUUUUUUAAUUCUACGUAUAUCUUAAAACUAUUACUGAUAACUUUAAAAUCACAAACAUGGUGCCAUCAUAAUUGAUAUUUUUUACUUACUUUCUCCGUGAUAUAUCUGUUCAGCAGAAGGCUGUGAUCCAAAGAGGCUUUUAAGUUUGUGUACGAGUUUAGUAGUUUAUUUAUUUAUUUUUUUAGCCAUAGUUCUUUGCAUCGCACCAGAGAGCAUUCCCAAAUAUCUCCCAAGAUUGAAAAUGGGUAGUGAAGGGGACUGCAGUUGGAGGAGGUGAACUUUAAAAGCAAUGGUGCCUGUGUACGGGUGUGCGUAUGGGUGUGAAAAGAAUCUCUGCAGCCUUUAGGAUUCAGGCCAGUGAUAUUAAAUGUUGCAUCACAGUAAAUAAGUAAGCAAAUGCUGUUUGUUUUACAUUUGUUCCUGUAUCAGCCUUUUGCAUUUUUUUGAAAUAAUUUUUAUUAAAUAAUAUAGAGUAAAUCACAGUUCUUUGUUUUUGAUAUACUGGACAUUUAUGCAUUUAGCAAUAUACAAUACAGAACAAAAGGAUUUACAGUCCCAUUCAGUAUUAUGUAAACUUUCCAAUAAAAUAUUUUUAUGAGUAUAGGUUUUGAAUUUUUGUUUACAAUCAGUUAAAUGUUUUAAUGUACAAAUUAAUGAUUAACUCUCUCACCUGUACUGUAGAAUUAGAAAUAUAGUGGGAGAGAGAUGAUUUAUAACUUCUAAGGGUGUUUUUAUAUAUGAUUGUCCAUUUAAAUGAAGGACAUUUACUGAUCAGAAUGUAAACCCAAUCUAAUUUACUAAGGCAAUGAAUUAGCAAUUCAGAACUUACACAUUAUAAUAGACAGCACAAAAGUCUAUGCAUUUCUACUCAGAAAUGUCUCACUGAGUUCAUAGUUUAUAGCACUACAGCAAUCAGUGCAAUCCUUGUAUUUUUACUCAGCAGCGCAAACUUGAGUGGGAGGGAGGUUCAUGGCAUGUGUACAAUGUCAUCACAAUAAUAUCUUGCUGCUUAUUUGUGUCAUAUAAUCAGGUCACAAAGUACGUAAUAGUAACUUUUGUAUGAUGACAUCAUCAACCAUAUUAUUUUGGUAUCUUCAUAAUUUACUGCAAAUGCAGCUGGGCCUGAGGCUAUUUCCUUAGGGCAGGGAUGUCAAACUUAUGUCAUGUUGUUACAUGAUAUUAUGUGACUUUUUCCCACUUCACUAAACCGGGGGUAGGCGUGGCCAGCAUGUGACACAUCCGGCCCAUGGGCUGUGAGUUUAACACCCCUGCCCUAGGGAAUUAUUAGGUACUGUGUUGUUUGGAAUUUACUUCCAAACAAACAUGCAUAGCAUUAAAUUGCACAGAGUAAAUAGUAGUAGUAGAAGCAUUCUAAUUCAUUUUUCAAAAUUUAUUGUAUUUUUCUGUUGCUUGGACCAGUUACCAAUAUUAGCAUUUUUGUACCCACAAACAUCUUCAUGAAAAUAUCCUUCAGACUCAGAGUGACUUAAAAAUGAAGGUUCUCAUAAUGAUGGAUCUUAAAAUAAUAAACUAGAACAGAAAGUCUAGUCAAUUUAUAUAUUUGUAGUUUCUGUGUUAGAUUAAUCUUAUGCACACUUACUUGGAUAGAUCCCACUGAAUUCAGUGAAACUUAACUCUGGGAAAAUAUAUAUAGGAUCAGGCUGUUAAUAUUAUUUGUUUGGGUAAAAAGUCCAGUUGCCUGUUGUUGAAGAGAGCACUUCACAUAAUAGUUAGGAAUUAACUUUUUUUUCACUUAAAAUAUUUAUUUUGUGAACUAUGAAAAAAUUACAUAGGUUAUUUGGUAAUAAUUCUAA